AUGGAUGAGGACCUUGACAAUGUCCAGAAGACGGGGUUCCGCCCCCUAACACAAAUCCAGAAAGGCGCCCGCGAGCAAUGUGAUCCACGAAGCCUCACAAACCUCAAGGUGCUCACUCCAAAGACAUCUGGGGGCCCCUAUAUAGUGGCCCAGGCGAUGUUCAAUGGUCGGCGCGUCGGAUUUGAUUCAGAUCGAAGCGUGCCAGUGGUCUCACAGCACAACUCCGCUCCGCGAGGCUGGAUGGCGACCAAAAGGGGAAAGAGUGAAAACCACGGCUGA